AGAGUACUUAAGGCGCGGCCACCGCUGCUGCGGCAGUGCGCCCAACAGCGGACUCUGAGAGACCAGAGGACUUCAGCGAACCCUCGCUCUAGCCCACCCACCCACAACUCUCGGAACCAUGGCGGCAGUGGCGGCAGCCUCGGCAGAACUGCUCAUCAUCGGCUGGUACAUCUUUCGCGUGCUGCUGCAGGUAAGUGUACCCUUCCCAGUGCGCCCGCGCCCGGCUGGGAACAAAGACUUUGGGGCGCGGCGGUUGCCCGCUGCGGACAUCACUGAGGCUUUUAGCGACCCAAGUGGUGUUCAGGUACUCCCUGCAGAAGCUGGCAUACACCGUGUCCCGGACCGGGCGGCAGGUGCUGGGGGAGCGCAGGCAGCGAGCCCCCAACUGAGGCCCCAGCUCCCAGCCCUGGGCGGCCGGAUCAUCCGAUGCUCCUGUGCAUCUCCACCAGCAUGGGAGCCAGUGCCGCGCAGGAAUGGGGGGUCCCCUGUGCUCCCUCGCCAGAGGAGCACUUGUCAAGGUCAGUGAGGGGCCGAUAGGCUCCAGGAGAAGCAGCACCGGCAUUGAUGACAAUACCAGAUUCCUUUCCAGCCCCUUGGCACCGGUCCAACUGCCGGUCGGGUAGGGGGAGGAGGGGGGAUAGGGGAGCAGGCCCCCAAGAUCUGGGCAUAGGCACCGCAUUCUGAUCUGGACCGAGUUGGAGAAACUCAUCACCACCUGCAAGCCAUGGCCAUGCCAGCAGGCCCCAGCAGGGAAACCCAAGCACCACACAAGCCAGCAGAACAGACAUUCCAACAUCACCAGCGGAAGCCCUGAAUCUCUGCAGCAGAGAAGCCACCAACUUCGUGCGCGUGUGGCGGGACUUGGAGGGCAUGGGCAAGGACUGAGAAGGGUUAAGAAACUGAAGUGGGGCCCUCACUGUCCUUUGCCUCUGGCACGUGCAUUCCACCCUGCUGCCUUUGCUCCCUCAUUCUCCCUCUCCCCUCACUGCCUCCCAAUCCCACUCCCCCCCCCCCCAAAAUGUGUCACUUAAUUCGGACCUAUGCAACCAGUAAAAGAAUCCCAUCUUUACUAAAACACCUUCUCCAAGCCCCCGGCCCUCACUGACCUUGCCUUUCCCUGGUCUCACGCAAUUGUGGUUAAUAGUGUGAUAAUCGCUAAUUGUACUGAUUGUUUAAGUGUGCAUUAGUUGUGUCUCCCCAGCUAGAUUGUAAGCUCCUGGAGGACAGGGACCACCUCUACAAAAAAUAAAAAACAGUACCUCUCCCAUCUCGCAUGUCCUAGGACCCUGCGGGGUGGUGGAGGCACACCAAAAA